CUUUCUUCUGCUUGGUCUCUCUCCCUCUCUGUCGCUCUCUCUACUCGUGCGAUUCAUCUCCGGUCUGGUUGGGUAUCCUUCAGAGCUUCUGACCAACGCGAUGGCGCGUCCCGGAGAUAGCGAAAGCGGUAACGCGGCAACUUCCCGGGCAACGGAGCGCACACCGCUGCUAUCUUCUGCCUCACAAGACGCUCCGAGGGAUGCAGAGUCCGCUGGAAACGUCGAAAGCGAGGGUGAAGGUGGUGCUAAUGGUGAUGGUGCAGAUGUAAAGCCGGGGGAAGAGUCAGAGGAGACGCCUUUGCAUAUCCUGCUCCCGACUAUGGUCGCGCUGUUCUCGGCAAUCAUCCUCUCUGCAUUGGAUGGUGUCCUCGUCACAACGCUACUAGCCCCAAUCUCGAGCUCCUUUGGGGAGUCUCAGAAGGGGACGUGGUUGGGAACCAGCUACUUGAUCUCCACGACUGCCUUCUGCACCACAUUUGGUAAGCUAGCCGAUGUGCUAGGUCGGAGACCGAGUAUGUUGCUGGCAUUGUUCUUCUUCGGGCUCGGCAAUCUCGGCUGCGCCUUGGCUCCUACCAUGAAUGCCCUCAUCGCAGCACGGAGCGUAGCUGGGAUCGGUGGAGCCGGUGUGCAGACAAUGGGAUCCAUCAUUAUGGGCGACCUCGUCCCAUUGAGAAAACGUGCGCUCUGGCAGGGGAUGGCAAAUAUCGUCUUCUGCGUGGGCACAUCUGGUGGAGCCCCUCUAGGCGGCGUAAUCAGCGCAACGCUAGGAUGGCGCUUUGGAUUCGGCGCUCAAGUACCUCUUCUGUGUAUAUCGGCACUACUCGUCACCAUUUUCGUGCGUCUACCCGCAUCCCGGGAGGUACAGGCUCAGUCUCUUGGAACCAAGAUCCAGCAUUUCGACUUGGCAGGAAUUGCAACUCUAUCCGUUGCCGUGAUCUCUUCGCAGACUGCCAUCUCCUUCUGGUCUGGCGAGGAGCUUUCCUUCUUUCAUCCUCGUGUUGGGGGUCUGCUGCUACUUGCAGUCCUAGCACUUACCUCUUUCAUCUACAUCGAGGAGUACGUUGCAAAGGAGCCCGUAGUCCCCUUCCGUCUGCUUCACAACCGCAACUUUGCACUUUCGACCCUCUUCUUCUUCUUGGUAUCAUUCUCAAUCUUUGUAAUGAGCUUCCACAUGCCGCUGUUCCUCGAGACGGCCCUACUGCUUUCACCGGCUCAAACGGGCCUCCGGACAGCGCCUUGCGCCUUUGCCAUCUCUAUAGGCUCCAUCUCGGCUGGAGUUUACAUACGACGCUUUGGAAGAUUCAAGACAAGUCUAAACUUGAGCAACUGUCUAAGUAUUGUCUCAGCCAUCAUGCUCUGUACGUGGGACCGUAAGUCUACCCCAUCUUGGUUCUUUUUUGUGUCUCCGAUUCCGCUCGGGUUGGGUGCGGGCUUUGCUAGUACGACUGCACUCAUCGCCCUCCUCUCCUCCUUGCAAAAGGCCGACCUGGCAAGGGCGAAUGGGCUCAUGUACCUCUCACGCAAUCUGGGCGGGGUAAUGGGAGUUGGCGUCGGAGGGGCCAUCACCCAAGCCGCUCUGCGCGUUCAGCUAAUGGAGCGCAUCAAGGGCCAAGGCGCCCAAGAAACCAUCGACUAUAUUCGACACAAUGCGGCGGACUUGAUCAAUCUUCCGAGACAUCUACAAGAACACGCUGUCGACUCAUACCAGGCUGCUGUGCGAGUAGCCUUCAUCGUUGCUGCAGUGAGCCUCACACUCACUCUACUGGUCUGUCUGCCAAUUAGAGAGAUGGGCCUGGACCGCGCUGCGACCGCUUCGACCGCACCGGCAGAAGCUUCGCCGCCACCGCCACCCUCUUCAUCUACCUUGGAGGAGGGGGACAUGUCAGUCAGUGAAGCUUCCGUGGCAAAUGCUUCGAUCACCGAGGGCGUGAGGGCCUCUCAGGUCAGACACGAGCAGGGAGAGGUGCGCAAGUAGCUAGACAGGUGUAAAGGUCUUCAGAAACGGGGUCCGAUGCGACGAAUGGGCGGGAAGGGUCAGUGUUCGAAGACUUCUUUUCGCCGGGCUUCCAAAGGGAUUCUUUGCCCCUCCUCAUCUGCUCUCUGCACCAGAACAGAUGUAUUCAUCCAUUGGUCCACAUUCUGAGUCCCAGCGCGCAAGGAUCGCAUCAUGUCACACCAUUCCUCGCUAGAUUCCUUGUUCUCUUCUAUGACGAAUCUGAUGACUCUAAGCGAUGCUGAAGAGCGCGCCGCCUAGUGAGGGCAAC